GAAGCAGCAGCAGCAGCACGCGUUAAGGUGACGUCAACGCGUGCCUCGAGAAGACGGACGAACUUCGCUCUGUAGGCAAGCAAGUAGCAAGUUUCCUAUAGGUACAAUGUCGGACCAUCCCGCGGGAUAUUCGAGCGAUUUACGCCAUCCGUCGCUCACUGGCGGCGGCACGACCAACACGUUUGCAUCUAUCCGAGACACAGACCCAGAGGAAGCGGACCGCUACCGGCAGGAGAUGGGAGUCUCCGCGCCACAGCGGCCGCCGCGAAAGGUUCAGUACGACCACCAACGAUGGGCCGAGCAAGAGGGCGAAAAGUCGUCCGACAGAUCGCUCAUCGAAUACCCCGACACACGCAGCAGCGGCAUAUCCGGCUCCCCGCGUGGUGGACGCGUGGGCUCCGACGUCGUGCCUGACUUCGGCGGCGCUCCGUCUGACGUCGGAAAAACACAGGCCGGCGACAAAAGUGGUAAACGAAGCGAACGGCUGCGAGAGGUCCUGUGCAGCCAGUGGGUCAUGGCCAUUAUCUACGUGGCGCUCACUCUUCUGGUCGUGCUCAUCAUCUUCCUUCGACGCAAAACGGGCUCAUACAUGCACGUCAUGGCGCAACCCAACACGACGGACUCGACCACGUCCACGUCAUCUUUCAAUCACACAUGAUCUCUCUCGAUAUUCACGAAUAAUACAGCGAUACAAGCAUA